AAGUCUAAAAACAUUCAUGAUUUGUGAUAUGAAUCUCAUUGAUUUUAUGAUAAUACGACGUAGUUACAACCAGUGCACAAGUGAAGAACACCAACAUCGAAGUCCACAAAACACACAACAUAAGAAACUGAACAACAACCUGCGUGUGGCGAAAUCAACAUCAACAGAAACAUGGGAAGCAGCGAUUUGAAAUACGAGGUUGCACAAAACGCUUACAUCAAACUCGUUCUCCACUCCCUCAAACACCCCACCUCCGCCGUCAACGGCGUCUUGAUCGGCCGCAUCUCCUCUUCCAACGACACCGUCGAGAUCGUCGAUGCCGUCCCUCUCUUCCACUCUCAAAUCCCUCUUCUUCCUCAAUUGGAGAUCUCUCUCAUUCUGAUAGAGGAAUACUUUUCUGCUAAAGGGUUGAACAUAGUUGGUUAUUUUCACGCUAAUGAGAGGUCUGAUGAAUUUGAGCUUGGUGGUGUGGCCAAGAAUAUUGGUGACCAUAUCUGUCGUUACUUUCCUCAAGCUGCCAUUCUAUUGUUAGAUAACAAAAAGCUUGAAGCUUUGAAAAAGAGCAAGGGUGGCAGUGCUGUAAUGCAGCUGUAUGUUAGGGAUGCAUCUAAGAACUGGAAGUUGGUUCAGUCCGAUGCAAACAGCCGAUUUUCUCUCAAAGAGCCAUCAGCAAAUUUGAUCUUAUUGGAUUAUAUUUCAUCUGAGAAAUGGAAUGACAUUGUAGAUUUUGAUGAUCAUCUUGAUGACAUAAGCAAGGAUUGGCUAAACCCAGGGCUCUUCAACUGAUCGUGGCCCUUAUUGUAUCCAUUUUAAUCGAGUUUACUUAGCAAGUGGAUGAUGUUCAUGCAGCGCAUUAUGCCGAAGGAUUCUCACGACGAACAACCAAGGAAUAGAUUUUGACUUCAGUAACUUUAUCAAAUGUAUAAGCAGAAUAUUUAUCACCCACCCGAAUUUAACAUUUUUCCGAGUUUUCCUUCCACAAAGGAUUUUGGUUGCAGAGCCAAUUCUUUUUUUUCUCCCUCCUUUAUGUAGACAUUGUUAUUUGAAGAAACAAUAUAGUCAUGUCAUCUAUUAUCUUGGUUCA